UUCUCUCUACUUCUGCUCCUCUUUGUUUCUUUUAGAUUUUUCAACAAAAUGAAUGGACUACAUUUCUCGCUUCAAACACAAUCCCUCUUUGACUUGAUCGAAUUCCAUCUUAGAUUUUUCUGAUUCCCUCUGCGUUUUUUCUUUCUUUGCAUGCGUUGGUGCUUCAACCAUGGAUGUCAAGAAGCUAGAGCAAUUGUUCUCGCCUCGAAGGAAAGUGGUUUCUGGUUUUAGUUUGGGAGUUGGAGCCUCUCUGAUUGUAAUCGCCGUACUAUUUGUGUCUUACUCGUUAAAGACUGAUCAAAGGUUUAAUAUUCCUGGUGUCAAUUCGUCUUUUGUUUCAUGGCCUUUCUCUUUUUCAAGUACGGAAAAUUCUGUUACUUCAGACAUGCAAGAGUCUGUGGGCUUUAACAAGAGCCAACUGGGGAAUUUCACAAAGGAAGUUAAAGAUGGAAGCUCUGGGGUUGAAGAAGGAAGGGUGGAGCAGAAAGAUGGUGAGUUUGGUUCAAAGGGGGGAGGGGGUGUUUUGGGGACUGAUCAUUUGGGGAAUUCCUCUGAGAUUUUGAAUAAUGGAAGCUUGCUAGUUGAAGGUAGAGGUGGGAAAGAGACAGUUUUGGAGAAGCCCCGGCUGGGAAAUUAUACAGAGGAAGUUAAAGAUGGAAGCUUUGGGGUUGAGGAAGGAAGAGUUGAACAGAAAGGAAAUGACUUUGAUUCAAGAAACUCCUCUGAGAUUUUGCAAUCUGAGAGCUUGCAUGGUGAAGGUGGGAAGGGAAAUGGAAACUCAAGCCUGUCUGGGAAAGAAGAUGUGCAUGCAGAAAGAACAGUUGAAGGUAGUUCUUCAAAGAACUCUAGUAUUGGGGAUGUUAAGGUAACAGAAGAUCAUCAAGGAAAUUUGACUCAGGAAAUCGGGAUCACUGAUUUUGAAUCUCAAACUUGGGAGAUGCCUAGUGACUCUGAUAAGAAAUGUGAUAUUUUUUAUGGUAAAUGGGUGAGAGAUGAUUCAAAGCCAUACUAUCCUGGAGGUUCUUGCCCACAUGUUGAUAAGGUCUGGAAUUGCCACUCAAAUCGAAGGCCAGACAAAGGUUUCCUUAAGUGGAAAUGGCAGCCGAAUCAGUGUGAUAUCCCAAGUUUGAAUGCAACUGAUUUUCUGGAGAGAUUGAGAGGAAAGAGGUUGGUCUUUGUGGGGGAUUCACUGAAUAGGAACAUGUGGGAGUCCCUUGUGUGCAUUCUUCGUCAUGUUCGGCACAAGAAGAAGGUAUAUGAGAUUUCUGGAAAGAAGGAAUUUAAAAAGAAGGGGAUAUAUGCAUUCAGGUUUGAGGAGUACAAUUGUUCUGUGGAUUUUGUGGUUGCUCCAUUUCUUGUUAGGGAGUCCAAGUUCACCAGAAAAAACAGUUCGUUUGAGACAUUGAGGUUGGAUCUGAUGGACCGGUCUACAAGAACGUAUUGUGAUGCUGAUGUUAUAGUUUUUAACACUGGGCAUUGGUGGACUCAUGAGAAAACAUCUAAAGGAGAAGACUAUUACCAAGAAGGCAACUAUGUGCAUCCAAGGCUCAAGGCUCUUGAUGCAUACAAGAGAGCUCUCACCACUUGGGCGAGAUGGGUGGACACAUAUAUCAAUCCCAAUAGGACUCGGGUUUUCUUCAGAGGAUAUUCACUCACCCAUUUCAGUGGAGGGCAGUGGAAUUCAGGUGGACAGUGCCACAAAGAAACAGAACCAAUCUAUAAUGAGACUUAUCUAACACACUACCCUUCAAAAAUGAGAGCUCUAGAGUUUGUACUUAAAGAAAUGAAAACUCCAGUGACAUAUCUUAACAUUAGUAGGCUCACGGAUUAUAGGAAAGAUGGACACCCUUCCAUUUAUAGAACGAUAUACAAGACGAAAGAACAACAAAUUAGAGCUGAACAGUCACAGGAUUGCAGUCAUUGGUGCUUGCCGGGGGUUCCUGAUACAUGGAACGAAUUGUUAUACGCUUUGCUAUUGCAGACUGGAUGGGGAUCAGGGCAGAAAUGAAAAGGAAUUCUUUUUUAUUUCUUUGUUCCUUUCCGUUUUUAGGUAGCUUACAAUCCUUGCAUGCUGAUUCAGAUGAUGUAUGUAGGGUGCUAAUAUGCAGAGUAAACAUAUGCAUGUAUGUAUUUUAUUGGUACCAAACAUAUAAAAAAUACAGUGAUGAAUUCAUUUGUGGUUGCAAUUUUGAAUUGAUGUUGUCCAUUCAUGCUGAUCCAUGUCACAGUAGCAUCAAUUUCUGUUUUCAAUUUUAUUCAAAAUCCAUAUUUUACUCCAGCAUAAAACAAUUAAUGAAGAAUGCAACACAACAGAUUCAUAAAACAGUAAAACACACUACACACAAACAAAGAAAAACACAGGCUUGAAACAGGUACACAUGGAUUAUAUUUCCAUGCUAGGACUAUAGACUUGAAUAAUAUUACAGAAGUUAAGACUCAUCACUGUGUGUGAGUCCAUGCCGAUUUAUGACUUGCCGGUUUGAUAAGCACUAGCCAAUCAUUCUGCUACCGCUGGAUAUGAAGUUGC